AUGUCGUCGCGCAAGUCCAUUCAGAAGAAGCCAAACGCGUUCAUUGGCGACACGUUCCGCGCCUCUGAUGCCGAGCUCCUCAAGAGCGGCAUCCUCUCCGAUGUCAUGGUGAUAUGCGGCGAUCAAACCUGGAACCUCCACAAGACCGUCAUCUGCUAUCGUUGCCCUUUCUUCGAGAAGGCCUUCCUUGGCAAGUUUUCGGAAGCGAGGGAUGGCACGGUGACUAUCAACGGUGAGGAUCCGGUCCUUGUUGGUUGGGCCAUCACCUGGUUGUACUCGGGAGCGAGCUCGGAAUGGAACAGCGAGUCUGGAAUCGGCGUUUCGAAGCUGGUCGAUUUCUUCCAGCUCGUCGACUACCUGGAUAUUGACCAGCUCAAGACCAUCAUCGUCAGCCAGAUCGAGAGUGUUCUCCUGAAGGCGGCCCGAGACGUCCAGGCCAACAACAACGACGCAAGCAACCUUGUUGAACCGUUCCUCAACGACUUCUUCUAUGCUGCCAACACUGCCUACAAUACAGGAUCAACCGCUUUCUGGGCUCUUCGACAACCGCUCGUCGACUUUGCCGCCAACACCAGAUUCUCAGUCUGCAAGAAUCCAAGCAUCUGGAAGCGUCUGGAAGAGACUCCUGGACUGGGCACCGACAUCCUGCGACGCCUGAUCACGAACGGUGGCAACGCGGAUGAGGAUGGAUCGUUACUCGUGCUCACCCAAACCCCCGCCAAGUGCGUCAGAUGCAAGAAGGAGCGCGAUUUCUACCCCUUCACUUGGUUGAAAGAUGUCGACACUAGCCGUGGUGCACGCAGGCUCGCGCUGGUGGGCAAUUGUGAUACAUGCCACCAGGCUCACUUGGAACGGGCAAAGGAAAGUAACUAG